GUAAAUUUGUGCAAUAGCAAUGUAAAAUGUUGCCAAGAAAAUUCAUAAAAAAUGAAAAUCUUUCACUUUGAAAAACAAGAAAAUGUAUGAUGAAAAUACUACUGUGAAUUCGUUCGAUUCUCAAUGUAUUUCGCAUUAUUUUCAAUUUUUGCCGGUUAUAAAGUCACGAAUAAUGUGUGAAUAAUGUAAUUUCUAUGUUUAAGGGAUCUAUUGCUUAUGUAGGCAGAAUGUUAAAAAUAUGAUUUAGUAUUUUAUUUGUAAGAUUAUGAAGAAAAUUGAUUUUCUUUGAAUGAAAACAUGGUUGUGGUGUUUUUGCAUAAUGUGGACUUGGAAAUAAACUAAACAAAAUGGCACGGGACGGUGACUUGCCUACUAUUUUCAACCCAAAGCGAGUGCGCGCUCCUUCUGUGAUAAUAACAAGUGAAGAAGUGGAAAAUGAAAGAGGUGGUGGUGAUGCGGAUAGAGAUCGUCCGAAUGGUCCACCGACGCCUUUGAGUCCCCGGGCUCCUCUUACUCCCCAAGCUUCGGUGUGCUCGGCGCCUCCACUAACUACCCAGCCGUCACUGCAGCAGGCCUACAGUGAGUCUGCAACCAGCAGUCAGGAUGAAGAGCGUCAGUUGCGUGAUAAGAAAUGCCCCCGAUCUUGUUGCUCAAAAUUCGCCAAGAAGAUAUACUAUGGUAUUUGUGUAACACUUACAUUAACCACCAGCUGGGUCACAUCUACCCACUGCAUUAAGCACAUGUAUCUUGAAGAGUAUCCCCCAACCACUCAUGGUAUGGUGUUUACCACUGAAUCAUCCCCUAUGGUCAACAAUUUUACUAGACAUCACUCACACAAUCUCUACAAUGCACCUUUUUUCACAGCAUGGUUCUGCACCAACUGGUUGAUAUUGUUUUACCCACUCUACCUGAUAGUAAUGCUCAUACAUAACAAGUGUAAGUCUGCCAAUGAUAUUGUGUUUGAUGCCUUCAGUGAUUUCAAAGAGAAGGGAUUUACAUUUGCACGAUUCAUAAGCAGAUGCGGUCUGUUCUGUCUUCUGUGGACCGUCACAAUCUACAUGUACACCUAUGCACUGAAGAUUUUACUCUCCACUGAUGUGAUGGCAUUGUUUGCCACCAAUGUGUCAUGCAUCUACCUCCUGUCUUGGGUUAUAUUACACGAACAGUUUGUUGGAGUGAGGAUCGUAGCAGCAAUAUUGUGCGACACGGGUAUAGCUCUAUUGGCGUACAUGGACGGCAUCACAGGAAGUUCAACUCUUGGAGGUGUGGUGUUAGCGGCGUGUGCUGCUGCAGGGUUCGCCAUAUUCAGGGUGUUAUUCAGAAAAGUGAUGGGUGAUGUGAAUUCCGGUCAGCGCGCUCUUUUCUUCUCUAUCCUGGGUAUCGUGAACGCGUCCCUCCUGUGGCCUCUCUGCCUGGCGCUCUACCUCACCGGCUCCGAGAUGUUGCCCUCCACCCGCAUGCCUUGGAUCUAUCUACUCGUCGCUAGUAUUUCGCUGCUAAUUUUCCACCUGGUGUUUCAGUUCGGCAACAUCAUUACAUACAAUAUCUUUGUCUCGCUCGCUCUUAUUACCUCAGUCCCGGUUUCGGCAGCAUUGGAUGUGGUCCUGUAUGGAGUACAGUUUGAGGGUAUGAAUCUCGCUGGUCUGAUACUAAUUGGCGUCGGUUUCUUCUUGGUCAUGUUUCCAGACAACUGGCCUGAUUACAUUAUGAGGCUAUUGAGAUGGAGCCGCAGUCGCAAACGGGGCAACAACGGCACGGGCCGCAACCGCGACGCCAUGGACUACCGCACGGGCUACAUACGGUCGCACCUGCGCUCGCCGUCCGGCCGCGUCAGGUGACCGCCCGAGCCGAGCCCCGCCACCUAGCAGCCGCUACUCGUAGUAUCCUGCGCGGCCGGGUACUACGAGCAUGCUGUCAGGAAGUCUGUCUAAUGCACCGACAGGGGGCGCCGUUUGCACUCUUAUUGCCAGAAGGUCCGUAUGUCCGUCACGUCUCCCCUCACCACCUGUUUCUACAAUAAAUACCAGUAGGUCUCGGUUAGUGAAGGAAGACGCUGUGCCGAAGUGUUUUCUAAAGUGCGGUUGACUCGUUCCAUCUAGCAUAUCAAUGUGCACUGAGGACUAGUGUGUCGUGAUUUACAACGGAUAGAUAAUGUACUCUCAGUAAAAAGCUUUCAAAAUCUGUGUUAUU